AUGAUACACUUGAAACGUUUCAACUCUUUGCUUCAAAGGAGUGAGAGCAAGUUGGUUUAUGUUCCCAUGUCCAUGUGUCAUAAAGCUCAGUUUCACAAUAAUAACCUUAAACAACCAAAACCAAACCAAACCCUUAAGAAAUACCUUGAAUGCAACAACCACGCCAAAGUGCUUCUACUUUUCAGAACCUUGUUAAGAAAAAAACCAUCCACUUUCAACUCCAUUGAUAGUUUUUCUUGCCUGUUUGCCCUUAAAGCAUGCAUCAACAAGAAACAUUCCUCUAUCCAAGGAAAACAAUUGCAUGCCCUCAUCAUGAAACUUGGAUAUGAAUCCAUAAUUCAACUCCAAACAUCCCUUUUGAAAGUGUAUGCUGAAGGAGGAAACUUAUUUGAUGCACACCAAGUGUUUGAGGAAAUACCGACAAAGAAUAUUAUUUGUUGGACGUCAUUGAUUUCUGCUUACGUUGGAAAUCACCAACCCAACAAAGGUUUGGAACUGUUUAGACUGAUGCUUAUGAACAAAGUGGAACCGGAUCAAGUCGUUGUGACGGUUGCUCUCUCGGCUUGUGCUGAUACUGGGGGACUUGAAAUGGGGGAAUGGAUUCAUGAUUUUGUCCGGCGUAAACACAGGAUGAAGACGGAUUUGUGUCUGAGUAAUGCGCUUAUAAAUAUGUAUGCUAAAUGUGGUGAUAUUGUAAAUGCAAGAAAGUUGUUUGAUAGCACAAGAAACAAAGAUGUCACAACUUGGACUUCUAUGAUAGUAGGUCAUGCACUACAUGGCCAAGCACAUGAAGCUCUUCAGCUUUUCUCCCAAAUGAACACAAGGAGGGAUAUGACAAAAUCGAGUUCAUCUAAUUUUAUUGUAUGUCCAAAUGAUGUAACGUUCAUUGGAGUUUUAAUGGCUUGCAGCCAUGCAGGAUUGGUUGAGGAAGGAAAACGUCAUUUCAGAAGUAUGACAGAAGAGUAUGGUAUAGAACCAAGAGAGCCUCACUUUGGCUGCAUGGUGGAUCUCUUAUGCCGUGGCGGGCACCUGAGAGAUGCUUACGACUUCAUUAUGCAGAUGCCGACAGAUUCAAAUGCAGUUAUCUGGCGAACGUUGCUUGGGGCAUGUAGCCUUCAUGGUGAUUUAGAGCUAGCUACAGAAGUUCGGCAUAAGCUACUUAACUUGGAUCCUGGCUAUGUUGGUGAUAGUGUUGCUAUGUCAAAUAUUUAUGCGGGCAGAGAUAUGUGGAAUAAAAAGAUUAUUGUUAGGAAUCAGAUUAAGCAGUCAAGAACUCCUGGCUACAGCUCAAUCGAAGCGGGAAAGGUUGUUGGUCAAUGUAUAACUUCAAAUGAUAAUAUAUGA